GUUUACUCACACCAAUCCCACAACAUUCUCAUUUCUCAAAUUCAUUUGUCACAUCAAUCAUAUCAUAUCUCAUAUCUCAGUUCACAUUAACUCCACACAAGUCAUGAAGAGGCAAAGAGACAUGGAAGGGUUUGAGAGCAUAGAUUUGGCGAAUUGUCUAAUGCUUCUCACUCGUCCUCAACAAAGUAAACAACAAAGUUUUGAAGGUGUGGAAUUUGAGUGCAAGACAUGCAACCGCAAAUUCUCGUCCUUUCAAGCACUUGGUGGCCAUAGGGCUAGCCAUAAAAGGUCGAAACUUGAGGGGGAUAAUGAACUCAAGUCACAUGCUAUCUCUCUAAGUUUGGGAAAUAAACCCAAAAUGCAUGAGUGUUCCAUUUGUGGACAGGAAUUCUCAUUGGGGCAGGCCUUGGGGGGCCACAUGAGAAGGCAUAGAUCUUCCAUCAACCAAGAGUUUUCUUCAAUAAAACAAGUUGUUACACCACAAGUACUACCACUUCUGAAAAGAUCGAAUAGUACGAGGCUCAUUACGUGCUUGGACUUGAACCUAACACCGUUAGAGAACGACUUGAAGUUAUUGUUUGAAAAGAUGCCACCAAAUGCUGGUGCCUUAGUCUGAUUCUUUAUUGUUCGUAGUUUUGUAAACAUCAUUAAUUUGUAUUUAGUUAAGAGUUCUCUUGUU